AUGUCCAAAUCAGCACGUACGUCUGGCGCGUCGAAGCGUCUGGCCGAAGAUGGAGGUUCGUUUCCUCUCUACAAGUCUCUUUACAAUUUGUCUUUGCAUCAGUCGCCUCGAUCGAGUCUCCUUACUGACGACAUGACCGCAGACAUUUGCCCCGUAUGCAAAUCGUCGCGCUAUCUCAACUCUACCAUGCAGUUCAAGAUCAACCCGACAUGCUACCACCGUAUGUGCGAUACAUGCGUAGAGCGAUUGUUCAACAAGGGAAACAACAUCUGUCCUGUGGCGGGAUGCGCGAAGACGCUCACCUACAGAGGUUUUAGAAGGGCAACCUUUGACGAUCUAAAGGUGGAGAGAGAAGUGGACCUGAGGAAAAAGGUCAUGAAGAUUAUGAACAAGAAGGAAGACGACUUUGAGACGCUCAGAGACUACAACGAUUACCUCGAACAAGUCGAAGAAAUCACAUGGAACCUCAUCCUCAACAUUGACGUUGAGGCGACGAACAACAAAUUGGCGCGCUUCGAUGCGCUCCAGAAAGCCGAGGCAGCAAAUGCGGGCGCGUCCAAGGCUGGAAAACCAAACACGGUACCAACCAAGGACGAUAACGACAUUGUCUUCCAUGGUCUCAAAAAGCGCAUUCCGCCCCCGAAAGAGAUACCGUUCGACCCAUGGGGCGGGUACAACAUCACACCGCAAUACUAUGUAUUGCAGGACAACUACGACGUCGACUGGUAUACACGUAUGAAGAAGGACCCUGCGCAUCUGGUAGGAGGACACAGUCUACAAGAUUACUGCAGUCGGGCAUUGCGCGAGGCAUUUGGCGGUUUGGGCGUCUUCAUCGAAGACGAGAUCAACGCCAGAGACGCGCCUUCAAUACCAUCCAUGGACGCAGACGUCGGAACAGAGCAUGCAGCUGCAGCAGCCAUGACCACAGGCGAAGUCAACAUGGACGACAUCUUUUAG